GGGCGGGUGGGAGGGGGGGUGGGGGUUCGACACCGGAGCUACAAGAGGGAAAAGGAGAGGCAAUAACGUCAAUCGUGAACAUUGGCGCUACCACAACCACCAUCGCUGUCAUAGCUACUAUCACACCGCCGCCGCCGCCGCCCUCGCCGCUGCCGCGCCGGGUGCCUCCCCCCCAACCGCCAUGGGAACUCCGCAUCAGUCGCUCCUUAGACUGCUUCAUCCGCGGGCCAUGUCGUGAUCCGUGGGCUCCGCCAGCGGGUUUUCGUGAUCCCAAUCGAGGGGAAGGAAGAGGAGGGUGGUGGUCGGCAAGAUGUUUGCCUCAGUAGGCCCUCGGGGUCCACCCGUCGCUCAGGCCAUCCCAGAGCCCGACUUGAGCCACUUGACCGAGGACGAGAGGAAGAUCAUCAUGGCUGUUCUGGCUCGGCAACGGGAGGAAGAAGCAAAGGAGGAGGCCAUGCUAAAAGAAGAGAAGCCUAUCCAAGCGAGAACAGUAAACUUGGUCGGGCAGAAAAAACCUCUGCAGCAAAACGAUGUCCGGGGCAUCCAGCAGCAGCUUUCCAGCUACAGGGAGACGGUGAUCAGGCAGGCCACAGCUGCAGCAGGCUCGGCAGUUCACAGAGACGACGCACCUACCUGCGGCAUCUGCCAGAAGACCAAGUUUGCAGAUGGUUGUGGGAACUUGUGCUCGUACUGCCAGACCAAGUUCUGUGCCCGCUGCGGAGGGAGGGUCUCGCUUCGAUCCAAUACGGAGGACAAAGUGGUCAUCUGGGUUUGUAAUAACUGCCGAAAACAACAGGAGAUACUGACCAAGCCAGGCGAAUGGUUCACCGGUUCGUCAGGAAAGCCCACCGGUCUCGGAUCAGCCAUCAGCGAGCCAUCUGUGUGCCAAACCCUUGGUGAUAAGAAGCUCCGAUCCCACUCCCAAGCCCCUCCGGGCUCCACAACAUCCCUAGACCCCAACACAGCCAGUGCAGCCGGGAGCACGGCUGGAACAGACGUUCGGUCACGAAGUGAACCGCCAAGAGACACGAGAAACGGAAGAGGGGGUGGAGGAACUGGUCGGGCAGAGCGCAGGCCAGGCCAGCCCAUGCUGCAAACCCAGGUUUCCAUGGACCGAGACCUCCGGGGCGAAUCCAGGGAAAGCCGACGACUCACGAAAGGACGUUCAUUGGACAUCGAUCCAGUCGGAGGAAGCGGUGGGUUGAAACGGACACAAGAAGGGGGCCACCAACACAUUGGCCACAGUCGUGGCCCCCCUCAUCAAGCAGGGCCAGUACUUCCUGGCGGUCGGGGCCAUCCUGUACCAGUGCAAGGCAGUGGAACAGGAGUUAUGGCAGAGUUGAGGGACGGUUUAGUCUCUGGACAGAGGACCGUCGGUGGAUUGAGUGAACACACCCUUGCGCAACAAGACCACCCCCCUCAACUCAGAGAACCUUUGAGUUCAGGGCCCGGAUCAGCCCCCGGUCAGGGGCAUGUCGUGAGACGAACCAAAAGGAACAAAGCUGACAGCAUGCUACGCAAUGAUUCGCUCAGCUCAGAUCAAUCGGAAUCUUUGCGUCCGCCACCACCUCGACCCUACAAAUCAAAGCGAGGGCUGGGAGCUGGAGGCAAGAGGCAGACCAGUGUCAGCAGCUCAGAAGAAGAGGGAGGGACCACACCGGAAUACAGCAGUUGUGAGGAUGCUGAGAUUGAAAGUGUGAGCGAGAGAGGUGACUGGGAAUGCUACCCUCAUGACCCCACUGUGUGGCAUUUCUCGUUGUUUUUGCUGCAGCAUCCUGUAACCUGGCAACCAUCCAAGGAAGGUGACCAUCUGAUUGGCAGAAUCACCCUUAGUAAGAGGAGCACAACCAUGCCUAAAGAAGCCGGGGCUCUGCUGGGAUUAAAGGUGGUGGGAGGUAGAAUAACAGAGUCAGGGAGAUUAGGUGCCUUCAUCACCAAGGUCAAAAAGGGCAGCCUGGCUGAUGUGGUUGGACAUCUAAGAGCAGGGGAUGAAGUUUUGCAGUGGAAUGGGAAACUGUUACCAGGAGCCACCAUGAAGGAAGUUUACAACAUCAUCCUGGAAUCGCAAGCGGAGCCCCAAGUCGAGCUAGUUGUAUCCCGGCCUAUUGGUGAUAUCCCAAGAAUCCCAGACACAUCCCAUCCUCCAUUAGAAUCUAGUUCGAGUUCAUUUGAGUCCCAGAAGAUGGAGCGACCAUCAAAAAAUCUUUUAUCUCCCACCAGUCCCAGAAUGAUUCUAGACGCUCCACAGCUAAUGCCAGGAAAACUUUCUGUCAAGCUGUGGUACGACAAAGCAGGUCACCAGUUAAUAGUCAAUGUGCUUCAGGCGGUAGAGCUCCCUCUCCGGCCUGAUGGACGACCCAGAAGUCCAUACGUCAAAAUGUACUUUCUUCCUGAUCGCAGUGACAAGAGUAAACGCAGGACAAAAGCAGUGAAGAAGACCUGCGAACCCAAGUGGAACCAAACAUUCCUCUACACUCACAUCCAUCGUAGGGAUUUCCGCAACCAUAUGCUGGAGCUGACCGUAUGGGACCAGCCUAGGUCACCAGAGGAGGACAGCAUCUUUAUGGGAGAAAUCCUGAUCGAGCUGGAGACAGCUCUGCUGGAUGACAAGCCACACUUGUAUCCCCUCCAAACGCACGAUGUCUCAUCCAUACCGCUCCCCCGCCCCUCCCCGUAUCUGCCUCGUCGACACAUGCACGCCGACAACCCUGGCAGGAAGCUGCAGCGUUCGCAGCGUGUAACAGAGCCUGAGUUUGAGGGUACAGCAGUAGUUUCUAAAGCAGAGGGACGUGGCAGGGAGCGACAACGGGAGCCCACGUCCACCCUGGAGGUGCCCGAGUGCCAGAGGACGCCCUCACAUCAUAUACGUUCCCGCUCAGUAUCCCCCCACCGCGAGGAGCAGGGAUGUAUACGAUCCCGACCGGCCAAUGUCCCUGCGCAGAGGAGUCUAGACGAUGAGCUUUCGCACCCCAGGCGUUCUCGGUCUCCGAGCCGCUACUACGACUCCUCUCGAGGUCACCACACGGAUCAGGAAUACCUCGAUGACAGUGAGGUCAUCAUGAUCCACCAAUCAAUGCGAGGCAAAAGUGCUGAGUGCAUCCACUUAAGUGAUCUUCAGCCUUCUCUGGACAGGGUUAGGAGUGCUAGCACCAACUGUCUGACUCCAGAUAAUCAUGUCCCCUCACCUGAGUUGGAAAGAAAAUCAUUGUCCCAUUCGUUGCCCCGGAGACGUCCCCCGAGUCCCCGGAUUUUUAUCCAACAUGCUUCCCCUGAAGAUGACAGGGGCCACCACGAAGGUGGUACACCUCUUUCAAUGACAUCAUCCUCAUCUCGCAAAGUGAGGCAGCUCCCCCAGCUUCCCCCCAAGAGCAACAGUGUAGAACAAGCCCUGGUAGCAGAGGAGCGCGUCCGUCAACUCCAAAUGAGGGUUCAUUCGAACCGGAUGUCAGCUGCUGUCAGUAACUCCAGCCAGCAGGACCUGGACCGAGCGCUCAAGAACAAACGAGAGCUCUUCAAGGACCACAGGACGAGCAGUGAGAAUGCUUCCCAUAAGUCCUCAGACAGUGAUGUCAGCGACGUAUCAGCCAUCUCUCGAACCAGCAGUGCCUCUCGGAUUAGUAGCACCAGCUACAUGUCCAUCCAGUCAGAGAGACCCAGAGGACGCUUCAGUCGAGCCAUGCGUGCGACGGGCCGCCACAUCAUGAAGAGCACCAGUGUGAGUGGCGAGAUCUACGGCAUGGAGCACGCAGAUGGCAGCCAAUCAGACACCGCCCUGGGAAGCUUGGGAAGUGGGAUCAAAAAGCGGCGCUCCAGCCUCAGCCAACGUGUUGUUGCCAUCUUGCCGUCGAGACGCAGUCGGAGUACCUCACAGCUCAGCCAGACAGAGGCAUCAGCAGGUAAGAAGGCGGCCAAGGGUGGCGGCGGCAGCAGCAUCCAAAGGAGCGUGGAGACGGGCAUGGCGGUGGAGUACCCACGAGGAGGCUCAGCCAUGAACCGUCAGGCCAGUAGAGAAUCCACCGAUGGUAGCAUGAACAGCUACACCUCUGAGGGAAAUCUUAUCUUCUCAGGAAUGAGACUGGGUGCUGACAGCCAGUUCAGUGACUUUCUAGGUGGUUUAGGACCUGGUCAGCUGGUUGGCCGGCAAACACUGGCAACACCUGCAAUGGGUGAUGUUCAAAUUGGUUUGAUGGAUAAGAAAGGACAGUUGGAGGUGGAGGUGAUCAGGGCACGAGGCCUUACCCCCAAACCAGGCUCCAAAUCCCUCCCAGCUCCCUAUGUCAAGGUGUACCUACUGGAUAAUGGAAGUUGUAAAGCCAAAAAGAAAACUAAGAUUGCACGAAAGACCCUGGAGCCUCUGUACCAGCAGCAUCUGCUAUUUGACGAGAGUCCCCAGGGCAAGGUGCUUCAGGUGAUAGUGUGGGGGGACUAUGGACGAUUGGACCACAAAUGUUUUAUGGGUGUAGCACAGAUCUUAUUGGAAGAUUUGGACCUAUCGAGCACGGUGAUUGGAUGGUACAAACUCUUUCCACCAUCCUCGUUGGUAGAUCCCACUCUAGCUCCACUCACGCGACUGGCGUCUCAGACAUCAUUGGACAGCUCAGGACCACCCCCGGGUGUUCGGUCCUAGUGACCGUGAUGACCGUCAAAUGUUCAAAAACUCUUAAAUGACAAAACGGAGGAACCUAACUAUUGGACCACAAUGGAGCAGAGGGUGACCGCGGGAAAAGAAGACCUCAGUCUACCAAUAAAAAGCCAGACGGAGAGACAGGGAAUAAGAGUGACAGAGAGAGCAGGCGGGAAAAAUCUAGCCAAUCAAAGCUGAGUCAGAGUCUGACAAUCAUUUCUCACACCUUUACUUCUUUAUCUACUGUACUUGAGCCUUUUCUUUGUGCAAACCUUUGCCUUUGUUCCUCCAAGAUGGAGAUUUUCUUUUCACUUUGUUGAUCAAAAUCUCUUUUGUCUAACUUUAUUGUUGUGCACCCAAUUAGAAUCCUUCACGAGUCAGGAGUGCUGUAAACAAUGGAGGGAGUUGGUCACAUUUCAAACUGACACGUUUUCAUGCAGACUAACGGCUGCUCCAUUGGCAUUGCCAAGGUAGCGGUACAAGUGUAGCUGAGCACGAGGGGCUGCUCUUUGGCAUGGUGUACUUAACUUUUAAGUUAAAGGAGCCUUGUGAGACAUGAAAGCAAGCACAAGAAAAGCUUGAGUCUUCUAUGACAGUAUGAUAGAGACAAAUGAGUUUUGCUCUUUGUCUGAACAAAAGGAAAAAGAGGCCAAAUUCCAUAUGUGCAUUGUAUAUUUGAUUUGAAAUGGGUUUUUUUUGUCUUUGUUUAGUCAAGAGUUCCGGGACCGUGUGGUGCAAACUCUUUGUAUUUUUUUUAACCGUUUUAGAACAACGCUUUUGAGCAAAGGCCACUAUCAGGUUGUCCAAACAACGUAAUCGGAACCCCCGCGCCCCGUUCUGUUUCACCUGUUAAAGGGAGCAGCAUGAUCUUGGGAUGCCCUGUCCGACGCCCAGCUGCAUGCACGUUUGUUUUUGUUUUUUUACUUUAAUGUCAUUUUUGUUUUGAUCUCUUCCUUGUCUUUUUUUUAAUAGAAAAUGUCAAUGACAUGAAUGUUAGUCAAUUCUUAAAAAAAAAGGUUUUAAAAAGAGAGAUAGGACGUGUCUUAGUUUUACAUAAUUUUAGGCCAGCUUGUAUGUUGCAUGUUCUUGUACAGUUUGCUUGUACUGAAUAUGAAUACAAACCGAGAAAAGCCAAGCCAUCCCCCCGGCCCCGAUAACGGGCCGACUCCACCCGGGCCACACCUUCCACUCUGGGUCGAAAUAUUCAUAUCAGGAAUUCUCCACGGUAAAAUGUCAUUGUUUCUAUUUUUCUUUCAAGCCCUUUGAACGACAGCGCUGUUCUGUAGUACGGAGCAUAGCUGAGACCCCGGUGGGUGAUGAUGAGGAUGUAACUGUCAUGUCACUUUGUCGGGCUCCAGACCAAUAGAGAAUGUGUGAAAAACAGUUACAUGUAUAUGAAGUACUUUUAAGAGUUUGAGAGAAAUUAUAAAGAUAGAUAUAUAUAUAUAUGAAUAUAGAAAAAGUGUAUCUGCCUGUCUCCAAUACACACAUGCACACCUUGUACAUAGAAAAUAAUGAGACGAUAUUAACGAGAGAAAUGUCAGUGACACGUAAACAUUCCUGUUGUUUUGUUUGUUUUUCCUGAGAGAGGAAUGUGCACCCUUUGCUGAACUCAAGCUGCUGAGCGGUUCUGAGCCACAGGGGGCGUGCUAAAAGGCCUUUCUCGACCCACUCUCUAAGUUGUUAAAGGAAAAUUUUAGAAAUACUAGUUUUUCCUUUGAAGAAUCCCUCUCCUCCUGUUUCGGUGAGGACCGGACUCCUAAAGCCAAUGAAGAAUCUGACUUUACAGACCUAUGUUGCAAAAUGUUUGUGUUGAAAAACUUGGCAGCGUGGCCGACUGCCCUUUCCUUUGUCAGUAUUAUUCCUGGAAUACUGAUUGUUUACAGCCCAUGGCUCCCCGAACCCAAACGAUGACGCUAGAUGAAAGAUGGAGAAGUAUUCACUGCAACGGUUCUUGUUUGUAUAACAGAUGUGGCUCUACUGACGUGUAUGUUUUAUAUUCAAGAGUUCAUUUUUAUUAUUUACAAAUAAAAGACUGUGCAGAAGAAGAUA